GACUCGUUGAGAUGAGAGAGACAAGAGUCUUGUUUUAAGCUCCCGUUAAUUUCAUAACCAAGGGCUUAGAUUUGCCUCCAUAUCCCCUGCCUCUCUUUCUCUCUCUGAGACCUUGUCUAGACAUGGGAAGAACAGCAAGCUCUUCACUUCUCUUAACCUUCACAUUCAUCGUCUCUUUGUCAUCUCUCACUUGUCCUUCACUUUCAGCUUCCACAGAUGCAUUUGUCUUUGGCGGCUGCACUCAACAAAAAUAUGUACAAGACUCACCUUAUGAGUCCAACCUUAAUUCUCUCCUUACUUCUCUUGUCAACUCAGCUACGUACUCUUCUUACAACAACUAUACCAUUAUGGGGUCAAGCCCACGAGAUGUUGUUUACGGGCUUUACCAGUGCCGUGGUGACCUGUCAAUGCCUGAUUGUGCCACAUGUGUCGCCCGUGCCGUGAGCCAACUCGGUGUUUUGUGUGCUCAGACAUGUGGCGGAGCAUUGCAGCUGCAAGGUUGUUAUGUAAAGUAUGAUAAUGCAACUUUUUUGGGUGUGGAAGAUAAGACUGUGGUACUGAAGAAAUGUGGACCUUCGGUUGGGUAUGAUACGGAUGCUAUGAACCUAAGGGAUGCAGUUUUAGGGGGGCUGGCUAGAACUGGUGGGGCUUAUCGGGUUGGCGGGUCAGGUGAUGUCCAGGGUGUGGCCCAAUGCGUCGGUGACUUGAGUACCGGAGAAUGUCAGGACUGUUUGUCGGAGGCGAUCAUGCGGCUGAAAUCCGACUGCGGCACGGCGGAUUAUGGUGAUAUGUUCUUGGCCAAGUGCUACGCUAGGUACACCACCGGUGGGCCUCAUGUGUAUACCAAGUCUCAUGGUGCAGAUAAAUCUACCAGUGAUGGUGAGAAGACAUUUGCAAUAAUUAUUGGACUCUUGGCUGGAGUAGCACUGCUCAUUAUUUUUCUUUCUUUCCUUAGAAAGGUGUUCGGAGGAAACGGUAAAUAAAUUAGCCCAAUUAUUUCAAAGAUCUUGGCAUGGCACUCAAUCUCAGCCGAUCUACUCCUGGUGCUUCUUUUGCUUUGCUUUCCUUUCCUUCAUGAUGUCAACUUUCCCCCCCUCUCUCUCUACGUUCCCUUUUGAAGAUUUUCUUUCAUUUUACUCUCAAAAGGGAGGAUUGAGCAAAAGAGGUUAGAGGGGGAGUGGCAUGCAUCCAAAAAAACAAAGUUGGGAAAAAGGGUAUAAGGGGAGCUAAGAUCCCACUCUCCUCUCCCACUUUUGAUAAAGUUGUAUUGUCCUAAUGUGAAAAGAUUGGCAUAUUCCUUUGUAAAGGUGAAAUAAUAAUGACUGUCUUUUUAGUACUUUGAAUAAGUCUUUUCCAUGAUUCAUUUG